AUGAAUCAAGAGUAUAAUCUGUGUCUGAAGAUUAACAUUGGUGUGUUACAGAAAUCUCAGCACAUAGAGAGCCAUUCUUUUGCCACAAGCACACUCACACAGUUCUGCAUUCUCUUCAAGAGAACCUUCAUAACCAUAUGUCGAGAUCAGGUUUUGACCCACCUUAGAUUGAUGUCCCACAUCUCUAUCGGCGUUAUAAUAGGCUUGCUCUAUUUGAACAUUGGGAAUGAUGCAAGCAGGGUGUUCAACAACACUGGAUUUCUCUUCUUUUCUAUGCUCUUUCUCAUGUUUGGAGCACUCAUGCCAACUGUGCUGACAUUUCCUCUGGAGAUGUCGGUGUUCCUGAGGGAGCAUCUGAACUACUGGUAUAGCCUGAAGGCCUACUACCUGGCCAAAACUAUGGCUGACAUCCCAUUUCAGGUGAUUUGUCCCAUAAUGUACUGCAGCAUUGUGUACUGGAUGACAGAGCAGCCGCCUGAAGCCCCUCGGUACCUGCUCUUCAUCGCCCUGUCCAUCUGCACCGCCCUGGUGGCCCAGUCCCUGGGCCUACUGGUUGGUGCUGCCUCCACGUCCCUCCAGGUCGCUACAUUUAUAGGACCUGUCACAGCUAUCCCUGUGCUGCUAUUCUCUGGAUUCUUUGUGAACUUUGACACGAUCCCCAACUAUCUGCAGUGGAGCUCAUAUGUAUCUUAUGUCAGGUACAGCUUUGAAGGUGUGAUCCUGUCGAUCUACGGGAUGAACCGCUCAGAGCUGGAGUGUCCAGGGAAGGUGUGUAAGUUCCAGAAGCCUGAAGAGGUUCUUCAGCUCUUAGAUGUAGAAGAUGCAAAGCUUCACGUCGAUUUCAUUGUUCUGGGUGUUUUCUUCAUCAUCCUACGACUGGCCACCUAUCUGGUCCUCCGCUAUAAGGUCAAGUCUGAGAGAUAAGCUUUGCGUUCCUUGAGGAUGUCUAUCACACUCAU